AUGGUUGACGCGGUUCUUGCUGCUGCGUCUGGGCUGGGAUUCGUGGUAAGAAGCAAUGCUAAGUGCAAGCAUUCGUAAAGUGAUCGAAGUUUAGUCAUAUAAUGAGGUGAAGCUUGAAAAGUUUUGUUUAUAGAAGACAAACUUAGUGCGCACGAAUGAGAACGCAUAUAACGUACGGGUAUACUCGGGAUAACGGAAUUCCGGUUUGCAGAACGACCGCUCAUCCGAGGGCCUGGCCACUCCACAAUAUAUUCCUACACUAAACACUGCACUGACAAUGGGUUCCAUAAUUCUGCCUAAAAUAGGCUGAGACUCUUACUAUGUCUUCAUAUAUAGGUGUGGAAGGCCGAUUGAUAGACAACUAUAUUUAUCUACAAUUGCCUAAGUAGCCCGGUGUUUUUGUCAUUUGUAUCUUGCCUGUAGGAUUCAAGGCUGUUAAUUAGCCCAGUGGUUUCCUCGUGCAUCGUGGACGAGUGGAUUCCUUUGACUGUAAAACCUGAGGUACUCGUCAUCGUCCUGAAGAAGUUUAAGGUUCACUUCCACUGCCUUCGCAUCUGUCGUAGACAUCACAUGUUCUAUUGUCUCAAGUGGGAUCGUUAGCAUGGCCACGUCGCGAGAUUGGCUAAGCUUCUUAACGCACUUACCUGUACUUGGUACAGCCGUGAUCACGCCGGUGCACGCGGAUAUUUGUGGCGAGGAAGAUGUCGCGUCGCGUCCAUAGCCACUUUUUACGAAUCCUGAAAACCGUACGAGCAGGAUCGAUUUGGGAGACGAUGUCACCCCUGCUCUGUUCAUUCCGCAGCAGCCCGUCCCCGGGUAUUCGAAACUGUCUAAUUCAAGUUGGCAGCCACUAAUUCCGAAUAGUGUCUUCUCCUGGUCAGGGAUUCAGCACAAAAACUUAGGUUAGACCGGCGGAUAUGGCGACUUUCACCUACGACCACAGUCCUUAGAUUACCAAUGCCUGAGGUUAGCAGGGCAAUAUCGUCGUGCUUUUCGGGAUCAGUUAGCCGGCGUCCAAGUGCAGAAUAAACAUCAUUCCCGUGUAGGGCUCUUCUAAUAAUCCAGUCAAUGACGUAUUUGGACAGAGUAGGCGAUCCCAUACAACAUUAUGGAGCGCCCGGUCUAGUAACGGACGGCUGAGAGAGACAUUCGUGGACCAGAACUCCCGCAGAGUUGGAGCGAUAGUAGACUUUGGUCAUGACGGUGAUCUUUUCUGCCAUAUCACCUAGUUCCAUUUUAGCCCACUGCGACUGACGAUGUAUGAGAUCGAACGCAGCGACAAAGCAGCCCGCCGUCGAUUGCUGGUAGUCAUGGCGGAAUUGAAGAAUUCGAAGCAGUGAAAAUAUCUGGUCGGCGCACACACGAUCAGCUCGGAACUCGGCUUGGUUGGGUCCUAUCCUACAGUCACACACGCCCUGAAAUUGUCUGAGUAAGACAACAGCGGAGGCCGCCGCAGCUACAUCAAUGAAGCUUAUAUUGGGAUAGCUUUCGCACUUUGUCUUAGCUGUUUUCUUGAAGACAGGCACAAGGAUUCCCAAGCUCCAGUCAUCAGCAACAACCUAUUAUCUCCACGUUUUCCCAAUCCCAUGGCGGAGUCAGGACACCAGUGUCUACAUAAGACUUUUAGACUUUAGAGGAGAAUACCAUUCACUCCGGGCACAUUGUUCCUGUGCGGCCUCCGUAUUGCACCGACGGUGUCUCAGAGGGGUAGUGGGGUCACAUGAUGCCGCAUAAACUGGAGAGGGACAAAACUCCGCUUCAGAGAAAAGCGAAGGCGUGAUGGUUAUCUAAUUUGAGAGUGUACUCGGGGCGCUUAUGCUAACGCUCCACCUUGGCCGAGCUGUCCGCAAUAAAGUCGAUACGGAGCAAAAUGUUCUGCGCCAUCAGGUUUGUCUGCCAGCGCAUGUUGAUGGACUCAGUCUAUCAUGUAGUUGAAAGAGUUGGUAAGAGAAAAUGACCCUGAUGGACACCAGAGGUAGCAUGGGAGGAACCACCCUCCUCGCCAUUCAUACGGACUCCAGUUCUUGUUAUGUGAUGGUAUGCUUGAAUCGGUCAAAGUGGUUUCGGCGGUAUGCCAUCAUGCAGCAUUAACGGUCGCAGGGAAUCCUGGUGACGGGGAGUAUGAACUGCUGGCAAGAGUAGUGGUAUGAGGGUCCGGAGAAGGCAUCCUCAUCAGAACUGAAGAUGGCACUGAUUCUUGUGCGCAGAUUGCGGUAUAGGCAGAAUCAACUGCUGUGACAACUUAGACGAGACUUGUGCUACAGUGAUCUGCCAACUUCCUUUAUAACCUCGGGACGCCAACGGUGCCACUGUCCGGGUGCCGUUUAUGCUCCCAAAAUUUAAAUGGAAUGCCGUGUAACUAUUAUAGCUGGCUGUUGAACUUGGCGACUGUAGGGUAGUUGGUUUGUCAGUCCCCCAACCACCGUUCCUGUUUGGCGUCUGCCUGUCCGCUGGACGCAUGUAUUAUUCCGUGCUUAACCUGCACUGAAAGCCGUUCUGCUAUACGUCUCCCGCGUACUCUUGGUAACCAGUAGCUGGUUUUUAAACAUGCACUGCCCUACCGCAGUGAAAGCAAUCCGCAUGACUCACUAUAAUACGCACACCAUAUCCUUUAUUUAUUUCGACAUGUAAUUCGUGUAGUUAGGUAUUUUUGAUUUUUCAGCUCACACGUCCCGACGAUCCAUCCUAUUGGACUUCAGACUCUGUGCACAAGUCUAAUGAACUCGGCGUACCAGUUGUUAUCUCAGAAAGCGGCAACAUGGGUAUUGGACUGAAUCGUAUACUAUGAUUUUAGCCGAUUAUGCCUCUAUACUCCAACAAGUGACAUUAGAAUUCAGAGAUGUUCGCGAAAAGUUGGCCUUCGUGUAUCAUCGUGCACGAGACCUUUGUCGAACCGCAUCUUUUCUCCCAGUAGAAUUGGACUCGCAGGGGUAAGUCUUAUGCUCUUUAACCGUCUCCCCUAGCGAUGUUAUUAAGGCACUGAAGGGACUUGAUCAACUGCUGACUAAAUCGUACUUUUGGGAGAAGAUGGAACUCGACAGAGGAAAACUGCGUGAACGAACCAUAACAACAGUUAGCUCGUUUACUUCUUCCUGCAUUACAUUUGCGUUUAGAUUGAUAGACUUUCUCAUGCAAGAAGCUUCCAAUGCGAUCUGCGUAGACGCGUCAACCAGAUGGACAACAUCUGCCAUGACAUGUCCAAUCGUUCAAAUUAA